AUGGCAGAAGUACUUGCACUAACCUCUGCGAUCAUCGCAAUAAUCAAAAUCACUGCGGACGUAACGAAGCUAGCGUAUCAGUAUAUAAACGACAUCCAGAAGGCGCCCGAAUCUAUUAGGAUAUUCUUGAGUGAAAUUCAAUCGCUCACUCAAGUUCUGAAUCUCUUAGAGGAACAUUGUAAGAAAAACCCCCAUCUAAGCGCAAUCCAGAUGCUCGAGGGGCCAUUGAAUGAAUGCGUAACGGAAAUGAAAAUGCUUGCAAAAAAUCUCGAACCGAAGAAUAGUGCUAGCUGGUGGAAAAGAAGCAUUGUUAGAUUGAAGUGGCCGCUGAAAGACGGAGAGAUGUCGGAGUAUUUGUCGAGGAUCGAGCGGUUCAAAACUACAAUUAUAUUGGCAAUAGGGACAGCAAACCAAUCUCAACAGGCGGCUAUUAUGCACGGUAUGCGAUAUGUGAUCGAGAAUAAUAGCCCCAUAGAGGCGAAAGCCCUGAUUGAACUAGAAAAGCGAGAACUGAUCCUCCGAUGGUUAUUCUCGAAAGCAUUUGACCAGAGACAUACCGAAAUCAGUAAGAGAAGGCAAGAAAACAUUGGCCAGUGGCUACUAGAGUCACAGGAAUUCGAGAAUUGGACCAAUGAUACGGAUUCACGACUGCUGUGGGUUCAUGGCCUGGCUGGAUCAGGCAAAACUUUUAUGACAUCUUUCAUAAUCGACCGCCUUCAAACUUCACAAGAAGUCUAUGGAGUAGCCUAUGUUUAUUUCGAUUACAAAGACCAAGACCAACAGAAAAUUACGUCCGUGCUUGAAAGCCUAGGGAAGCAGUUGGCCCAUCAAACGCACCAAUAUUUACCUAAAGAGCUUGAGUAUCUAUACGACGAACUUUCGUACCAGCAGCAGCGACCCUCUCUCGAGCAACUAUACCAGAUCCUCCUUAAACUUACAAGCUGUUUUGAUAAAACUUUCAUUAUCUGUGAUUCCUUGGAUGAAUAUCAAGGCCGGCGAAAGGAACUCUUGCUGCUAUUCCAUCGAAUGGAAGGGAACGGUAUCAGGUUGUUCUUAACUAGCCGCGAGAAUUGCAAUGAUGUAAAAGAGUCCUUUCAAAAUUCGGCGAAGAUCAAGUUUUGCGCAAGUGAUAAGGAUUUAGCGAGCUAUAUUGAACUAGAAGUAAGAGGUCUUGACGUGCCCGCGGUAUAUAAACCUCGGGUUGUCUCCGAGCUUACCACUUGUUCCAACGGAAUGUUCCUGCUUGCCCACUUCCACAUAAAACACCUAUAUGAGCAGAACGGAAAAGAUCAAAUUCUCAAACAACUCGAAUACCUCAAAACUACCACUACUCUCGGACAUCUCUUUGUGACCCAGAAGUUACUACAGAAAAACAGCACUAAAAUUAACGCUCCCAAUGACGACGGAAAAACACCGACGCUAAUAGCCGCGAUAGAAGGUCAUGAUAAAAUAGUAGAUCUUCUGCUCAAAAGGGGAGCUGACCCCUCGAUCCCAGAUAAACAUGGUGUCGAUCCAACUAUUGCAGACCGUAGAGGUUGUACGCCACUUUAUUGGGCAGCUUCUCGGGGGCUGGAAAGGGAAAGUCGUAUUCUGAUCGAGAAGGGUGCAGACGUUAAGGAUGGAGACGACAAAGGAAGGAUGGCGCUACACGUUGCCGCUUUACAUGGGCACGGAUCAGUAGUGCAGUUAUUACUCGAGAAUGGGGCCAAAACAUCAGUUGUUGAUAAAGCUGGGAAUACGCCACUUCACAUGGCGGCAGAGUGUGGUCAUUUGGAUAUAAUCCAGUUACUCUUGGAUAAGGGUGCUGAUAUCACUGCUGUAACGAAUGAGGGGAAUACUGUGCUACACAGCGCAGCAGCUGGAGGGGAGGAGAAGGCGAUAUUAGCUAUACUCCAGAUGCGUAAUAUUCGCAUUUCUGAUGUGAAUAAUAAAGGACGCACACCAUUGCACCUAGCAGCGUCCACAGGACGUGAAAAGAUAGUAAAAUUACUUCUUGAACGUGGUGGCAAUGUCUCAAGUGUAGACAAGGCGGGGUGGACAGCCCUUCAUCAUGCAGCCGAAAAGGGACACGACGCAGUGGUUCGGAUCCUGCUUGAAAAUCACGGCAAUCCAUCCUCUGCAGGUAAAGAUGGGGCCACUGUACUUCAUCGAGCAGUUAUAUAUAAAUCAACUGUUAAACUAUUGCUAGAGAAAGGCGCCGAUAUCACAAAGGCGGACAAUCGUGGACGGACGGUGCUACACUGGGCAUGUUCUUUAGAAGCGUUAGGUCUAGAUCAUGUAGUCGCGUUACUCUUGGAGAGAAAUGCGAGCUUGUCACACGCAGAUGAUGAGGGACGUACAGCACUGCAUUUUGCAGCGUUUUUGGGCCAUAAAACUAUAGUUCAAUUGUUGAGAAAAGCGGGUGCCGAUAUCUCGGCUGAGGAUAAUAGGGGGCAGACAGCAUAUCAGGUAGCUGUGGCAAAAAAACAUGAUGUGUCAAUCAUUGAACUUUUGAAGCCCUCAGUAGGCCGUAACGACCGAGAAAUCUAUGCGACUAGAUGA